CAUAUUGUUAGAAUGAUUGGUCGGCCUGUCUGAACUUCCCUUGUUCUAAUUAUUUGGAUUAUUUUUAUAAAAUAUGUGGCUUUUAGUAGAUAGUAGCUGAAAUUACUAAAGCAUUAAUAUCUACCUACAUUUUGCAAUGCCAAGAUGAUUCCAUUAAAGGAUAACCUAGAUGUGGCCUCCUUCUUGGUCACAAAACACUCCUGGAAGGGCAAAUACAAGAGAGUGUUUUCUGUGGGGACACAUGGCAUAACCACAUACAACCCUGACCGUUUGGAGGUGACUAACAAAUGGCUAUACUCCGAUGUAAUCACAGUUGCAUCGGCUAAACACUCCAAUUCUGCUGCCAACCAUGAUUUUACCCUAAUCAUGAAGAAGGAUAAGAAAGUGGAUAAUAUGAAGUUCUCUUCGGAACACAAAUGUUUAAUUUUAACAGAAGCUUUCAAAUAUAGGCAUUUAUUUGCUGAGAAGCCUAAGGAUGUAUUAAGAUAUCAGGCCUACAAACACCACUGGAGUGGCACUCGCCUUCCUGUAGUCCUUGAAGUUGGCCCAUGUGCAUUAGAGCAGUUGGAUCCCUCCACACACACCCUGUUAGCUAGUUAUCCAUACUGCGAUAUACAAGGAAUACUCCAAGUUAGAGAUGUACCAGGUGGAUUUGUCUUGGCCGUCGGUGGUUACAGCAGAUUGCAUCUAUUCUCGAAUGCUAUGGAUCAUCAGAUUAUUAUAAAUAAGAUGCUCGAAAUGGCUAAUUUGAUGUUGAGUAUCAGCAUCAAGGUGUUAUCUGCCACAAUAACAUUAGAUGAUUACCAUGAUCAAAGAUUUGGAAAAUAUAGUGGUGAUCAACAUCAGACAUCACUAAGCGAGUUCAUAGUCCAUAAAGUGAAUCCUGCGCGGCACAUGGAGCCGAUGCGCCGUACCCUCUGCCUUUCUGACACUUGCAUACUGGAAAGAGACCCACAGACAUAUUCAGUGGUGUGUCUUCGACCUUUGAGUGAUGUUUUUGCUUUGGUAAGAGAUCCAGAACACCCACAAAAGUUCUCUAUUGAAUAUCUCAAUGGUCAGACAAGAACUUAUAUGGCCGGUGAAAGGGACGCGCUGCUGGCGUCGCUGCUGGACGGCGUGCGGUCGGCCGGGCAGCGAGACGUGCACGUGCGGUCGUCGCCCACGCCGCGCGGCUACCGGCUUGGCCCGCUGCACCAGGCCGUCGACGAGGAGACCGAGUCCAACCACUUGCGGUUAUUCCAGAAUCCUGUAGGCAUGUGUCGUGCAGAAGUGAUCGAGCGAUUUAACGCUAACGUGGGAUACAGCGGCCUGAUCUACUCCGUCAGCCAGGAUCGUUUGUUCGCGGAGAAUAAAGAGAAGCUUAUAACUGGUGCGCUGAGUGCGCUGGUGAACAGCGCUGCCUCGGGCGGGACGCUGCCGCCGCGCGAGCUGGAGGCGCAGUUCCAUGCGCUGCGGAGGCUCUGCGCGAGUAAAGUAGGCUUCGCCGCCUUCACCGCGCUGCCCGGUUUCCGCGAGUGGGUGGGCAGCGCGGUGGUGGGCGCGCUGCGUCGCGGGUCGGCGGCGUGCAGCCACGCGGCGCUGGACGCGGUGUGCGCGCUCAUGCAGCCCAUGCACCAGGAGCCCGACCUGCGCCAGGAGCAGCUCAACAAGGCCAGCAUGCUCUCCUCCGCCGCCUUCCUCGACGGCCUGCUCACCAUGUGGGCCGACCAUGUGACGUCGGGCAGCGGUGCGCUGGUGGUGGCGGCCAUGCUCGACUUCCUCACGUUCGCUCUGUGCGUGCCGUACAGCGAGACCACCGACGGCAAGCAGUUCGACCAGCUGCUUGAAAUGGUCGCCAAUAAGGGACGGGUUCUUUUCAAGUUGUUCGAGCACCCGUCGAUGGCGAUAGUGAAGGGCGCGGGGCUGGUGAUGCGCGCGCUGGUGGAGGAGGGCGGCGGCGCGGUGGGCGCGCGCAUGCAGGCGCUGGCGCUGGCCGAGGCCGCGCUGCCGCGCCACCUGCUGGCCGCGCUGUUCGCGCCCGCGCGCCUGCACCACCGCCACCUCGCGCGCCACCUCGUCGCGCUCUGGCUCGUCGGCCACGCGCCCGCGCACGACCUGCUGCGCCGCAUCAUGCCGUCGGGGCUGCUGGCGUUCCUGGAGUCGGCGGAGGCGCCGCCGGCGGGCGCGCUGGCGGAGGAGCGCGAGCAGCAGCGCGACAACCUGCAGCUGGCGCAGGCCGCCGGCCGCCAGCGCGCGCCGCACUGGCAGGCGCUCGAGCGCCAGGUCAAGUACGUCGAGAAGCACCUCGAGCACUACGCAGCACUAGCGCUACAGCACUGGGCGCAGCGGAUGGGCAGCGCGGCGGGUGGCACGGGGGGCGCGGCGGGGGCGGGCGGGGCGCGGGAAGUCCGCGACCGGCCCGUAGUGCUCCGCCGCCGCCGCGAGAGGCUCAAGUCCACCGCCAACUGGCCGUUAUUUUACUAUCAGUUCCACCGCGACCACGCCUUGCCUAACCUCAUAUGGAAUCAUACCACACGUGAGGAGCUACGCAAUGCACUCGAGAACGAGGUGCGCGCAUUCACUUUGGAUCGAGAGGCGGCCGGCUCCACGCUCACGUCGUGGAACCACGCCGAGCUGGAGCUGCACUACCAGUGCCUCCAGAACGAGGUCAAGAUCGGCGAUUACUACUUGAGGAUACUGCUCGAGCAGCGGGACAACGACGACAGCCCUAUUAGGAAGUCAUACGAGUUCUUCAAUGACUUAUAUCAUCGGUUCUUGUCCACACCCAAAGUGGAGAUGAAGUGCAUGUGUCUACAGGCCAUGACUAUUGUCUAUGGGCGGUACUAUGAAGAUAUUGGACCAUUUGCCGAUACCAAAUACAUUGUACAAAUGUUAGAUAGGACAUGUGAUAGAAUGGAGAGAGAUAGAUUUGUACAGUUCCUAGCUAAACUAAUUUUACAUAGAAGAAAUGUUAGUGAGAUAUUAGAAUGGAAUGGUAUUAGGAUAUUGGUGGAGCUGAUGACGCUGGCCCAUCUGCACACCUCCCGGGCCACUGUGCCCGCGCAGAGCAACGUCAUCGACGGCCCCACCGCCAGCGGCGGCGACCGCGAGUGGUACUACAACCUCGAGCGGGGGGACAAGCUGCAGCGCGUUGGACCUGUUUCCUUUCAGCAGCUCAAAGAACUUUACAAGUCUGGAGAGAUAAACAACAAGACGAAAUGCUGGGCCAAUAGCAUGGAGGGCUGGCGGGCGCUGGCGAGCGUGCCGCAGCUGAAGUGGAGCCUGGCGGCGCGCGGGCCCGCCGUGCUGGACGAGAGCGCGCUCGCCGCCACCGUGCUCGACCUGCUCAUCGCCUGCGCCAGAUACUACCCCAGCAGAGAUGAAGAGGAUGCAGUGAUAAGACCUUUGCCAAAAAUCAAACGGAUGCUCUCCGAACCUGCAUGUUUAGCGCACGUCGUGCAGUUGUUGCUUACCUUCGAUCCCAUACUUGUUGAAAAGGUGGCAACAUUGUUGUAUGAGGUGAUGCAAGACAAUCCAGAAAUUUCGAAACUGUAUUUGACUGGUGUAUUUUACUUUAUGCUCUUAUACACCGGCUCGAACUUGCUGCCUAUCGCGAGGUUCCUGCGGCUGACGCAUAUGAAACAGGCGUUUAGAGCUGAUCAAUCGAGUUCAGACAUAAUGCAGAGGUCAAUACUGGGACAGUUGUUGCCGGAAGCGAUGGUGUGUUACUUGGAAAACCACGGCGCGGAGAAGUUUGCGCAAAUAUUCCUCGGCGAAUGGGACACGCCUGAGGCCAUAUGGAACUCUGAGAUGAGGCGGAUCCUAAUAAUGAAGGUGGCGGCGCACAUCGGCGAGUUCACGCCGCGGCUGCGCGCGCACAUCGCGGCGCGCUACCCGUACCUGGCCGUGCCGGCCGUGUGCUACCCGCAGCUGCAGCACGAGCUCUUCUGCAACAUGUUCUACCUGCGCCACCUCUGCGACACGCAGCGUUUCCCCGACUGGCCCAUACCUGAUCCCGUGCGUCUACUGAAAGACGUGCUGGAGGCGUGGCGGCGCGAGGUGGAGAAGAAGCCGCCGUCGAUGACCGCGAGCGAGGCGUACGCGGCGCUGGGGCUGGAGGGCGCGGGCCAGCACGACGAGGCCGCCGUCCGCAAGGCCUACUAUCGCCUUGCGCAGCAGUACCAUCCCGACAAGAACCCCGAUGGUCGGGACCGUUUCGAAGCAGUGAAUCAAGCUUACGAAUUCCUUUGUAGCAGAAACGUGUGGACCGGUGACGGGCCGAACACCAACAACAUUGUGUUGAUAUUACGCACACAGACUAUAUUGUUUAAGAGAUAUUCAGACGUGCUGGCGCCGUAUAAGUACGCAGGGUACCCGAUGCUGUUACGCACGGCGCGACUGGAAGCGGGGGCGGAUUCUCUGUUCUCGGGCGGCGCGGGGGCGGGUGCGGGUGCGGGGGCGGGGGCGGGCGCGGGCGCGGCGCUGCUGCCGGCCGCCUGCGAGCUGGCGCACGCUACUGUCGCUUGUUCCGCGCUCAAUGCUGAGGAGUUGCGUCGCGAGGGAGGCUUGCAGGUGCUACACGAGGCGAUGUCGCGGUGCGUGCCGGUGCUGUCGAGCAGCACGGCCGCGGACGACCUCUGCGCGGCGGUGUGCGCACACGCAGCUCGCUGCUUCGCCGUCGCGGCACGGUUCGAGGCGUGCCGGGAGGUCUGCGCGGACAUGCCCAACCUCUGCCUCGAUAUAGUGCCGCUGCUGCGGAGACCGCACCUGGGCGACACGGCGUGCGCGGGCGCGGAGGCGGCGGGCGCGCUGGCGGCGGACGGCGCGUGCCGCGGCUCGCUGGCCCGCGCCGGCGCGCUGCACGCGCUGCUGCCGCCCGCGCUGCGCUACGACUACACGCUCGCCGAGUCGGGCGUCGACACCGACGCGCACGCCAACAAGCAGGAGGUGGCCAAUCAGCUGGCGAAGGAAUGCGUUCGUGCGCUAUCAGCGAUGUAUGGUCCACACCCUGAGCCCGGGCCUGCUGAUGAGAGAAUCCGCUCCGCACUGCACACGCUGCUCACACCGUACCUCUGCUCGAAACUCUCGCAAGAGGACACGCACGAGCUCCUAAAAACAUUGACCUCAAACUGGCGCAACCCGUACCUAGUGUGGGACAAUAGUACUCGUGCAGAGCUACGCGAUGUGCUACGUGACACGAGGUCACUGAUGGACGAUGAGGCGCCUCUCGUGGCGCCGUUCGUGUACACUGCGCACCAGGGGCUCGUCUCCGUCGGUGGUGUCUACAUCGACAUAUAUAACGAGCAGCCUGAUUUCCCUAUAGAGAAUGCUCAGCAGUUCAUACUGGACUUGUUGAAGUUCCUACAAGUACAAACGAAGAUGGACAUGACGAGCGAGCGAGUUGACAACCUCACGUUAGCACUCACCGCCAUCGCUAAUGUCAUUAUAAAGCAUCCAGGGUCGGAGAUCCAGUGUAUCGGGCAGUUCGGAUUGAUAUUCGGGCUGCUGUCGGCGCGUGCGCAGCCCGCGCUGCAGGCGGCGGCGCUGCGCGCGGCGCGGGCGGCGGCGGGCAGCCGCGAGUGCGUGGAGGACGUGGCCGCGUCGGGCGUACUGGGCCACCUGCUGGCGCUGCUGGCCGCGCGCGCGCCCGGCAGCGACGUGCUCGCCGCGCUGGCCACGCUCGCCGCGCUGCUCGCCAACACCGCGCUCGUCAAGGAGGCGCUCGCCAAAGGUGCUGUGAUAUAUCUUUUGGACUUGUUCUGUAAUAGUAAAAUACCGGAGGCGAGAGAGGCUUCAGUGGACUUGUUAGCGCGGAUGAUGGCAGACAAAUUGCACGGUCCCAAGGUGCGGCUGACGGUGUGCCGGUACGUGCCGGGCGUGUUCGCGGAGGCGAUGCGCGAGGCGGGCGCGGCGCAGGCGCUGCACAUGUUCGACGCGCAGCACGAGCACCCCGAGCUGGUGUGGGCCGACGACCAGCGCCGCCGCGUCGCCGCGCACCUCGCGCAGCUCAGGGACAGGCACCAAUCGGACCAACUGCGAGAUCCAAAUAUAAUAUUCGAGGAUCGUGAAACUUUGGAACGCAUGUCGGCCGGCGAGGAGACAUGGGCUCCACCUGGCGAAGUGGUAGUGGGCGGCGUCUACCUUAAACUGUAUCUACAAAACCCGCAGUGGAAUCUACGCAGCCCCAAGCGCUUCCUGCAGGAACUACUUACUGAAACAUUCGCAUCGCUCAAUAAGGACUCUUCAGAGGGCGGGCGCGGCGAGGUGUGCGCGCAGGCGCUGGCGGUGCUGGUGCGCACGCGGCCGCAGCUGGGCGAGCAGUGCGCCACGCUGGGCGAGCUGCCGCGCCUGGCGCGCCUGCUGCCCGCGCGCCCGCUGCACGCCGUGCCGCUGCUGGCCGCGCUCGCGCACACGCAGGCGUGCGUGAUGGCGUUAACGCAGAUUGAGUUGAUGCCCGGCCUGAAGACGGCGAUCAAGUCGUGUCGGGAGAUAGUGGGCAGCGCGUGUGAAGCGCUCGGCUCCAUAUUCAACAGCAACGUCAACACGGACCGAUUAGUUUUACAGGCGCUGGAGUGCGACCUGGUGGGCGAGCUGCUGGCGCUGCUGGAGUCGCGGCUGGAGGGGCAGGCGGCGGCGCGGCUGGUGGGCGCUCUCAAGGCCAUGUCGCGCUCGGCCGCGCACGGCGACCGCGUGCGGCAGCUGCUGCAGCGCAGCCGCGUCUGGGACCAGUACGCCGCCCAGCGGCACGACCUCUUCAUCUCCGCGCCGCAGCACGCCUCGCUCGCAGGUGUGCCCCACACUGCUGGUUAUUUAACAGCUCCACCGGUGGAUAUUCCUGCACAGCCGCCACCGAUAGACUGAUUUCCAGUCGGCUCUGGCUGACUGCAUACUCGUAACGCGAAGUCAUACUACGCGUAUCUCGCACACCACUCGACUGACAUAUAUGUAACUCUAACUCCGUAUGUAUAUUAUAUAUAUAGUGGGAUCGAACUAAAAAUUGGAUUGUUUUUCCAUCAUAUUGCAAUAUCUUAGCUGUCAAAAUCAUUUUUAAAUUCUUGAUGCAGAAAAAAUACAAAUUAAAUUUUACUUGUCAAUUUAUUAUUUCAACAUAACAAUUACGUUAUUGGCGUUUCUAUUCUUAUGUUGAUCGUAUUGUCUCCAUUCGAAUUUUAAAAAUAAAUUGUGAAAAAAAAAAAUCGAACUGAAAUGAAAAUGAACUGAAUGCGAUAAUGAUUCUUAUACACAGGGGCUGUUGAGUUUGUUUUCUAUUUUUCAGUCCUACUAAUAUUGAUAUAAUAGUGCUGUGUAAUUAUUGUAAAAUUGUUUUAAAAAUUAUCGUCACAUGACAAAUAUAAGUAAUAAAAUUUGGCCGCUACAAAUAAAGUGUAUUUAAUUAUUUUGAAGUGGUAAACUUAAAUGUCUAAUUAUAAAGUUUAGUCUUUUUUUUAAUAAAUGUGUUUAUAUCAAAAUGAUAGUAUUGUAAAUCAACAAAUAUAACCUUCCAGUGAAGUGUAUAAUAAUAUAUUGAGAUACUAAUUGUCUUUAUUAACAUAAGAUAUCUUUAAGUUAAAACGUACAUGAAUAUGGCGCACUAUUGUGGUGAUAUUGAUAUAUCACGUGAGAUAAUUACUGUAUGUAUAUAUAUAUAAUAAAUAGCUUUGUCUGUCAAAUCGUAACAAGGCGUUAUAAUCAGCAGUGGCCUAUUUUCUAUGUGUCCAGUUACAGAAGUAUCUGUAAAAUAGCUAUACUAUAUUAGUGCUAUAAAAUGUAAUGUGGGCAUCGAUAUACAAGAAACACAAGAUGUGUAAAAAAAUAAUAAUACUGGAACGCACUCAACCAAAUGAUGUACUCGUUUCUAAUCAGUUUAUUGAUGUUUGUUGUACAUUACUAAUCUAUUUACGUAGUAUAAAAAUAGGUAUAAUAUCUGAAAAGACACCUAUUUUAUAUUUUCGAUAAGUAUUUUGCUCCUCUUUUUAAGUAUUAUGGCUUUUACCAUAAAAGUAUUCACCUUUCAUACAUAAUGUGUAAUAUAUAGCAGUAUCUAUGUAUUGUAGAUACAAUAUCUAUAUAUUGACUCAAUAACACAUAUUAAAAUAUCGGUUAUUCAAUAUAUAAUUACAAAAUUAGGAACCCAAUCGAAAUUUAUAUAGAUAGGGCUAUAUAGGAACAGGUGAUAUUUGUUCUCCGGCAUCAAUAAGUAGAAAAAUCCAAUACAUAGAUAUCGGAACGAUACUGAUAUUAUGUAUGCCUAAUAAUGACUAUAGUUGUAUAUAAAUUGGUGACACUAAACGUCAACGGUAUACGCGAUCCGAAUAUUGUGUUUUUUGUAUAUUAAACAAUACACUUACGAAGCACUUUCCUAAGCACCAACAGGUUUUACGCCACUGAUAAAUCAGUACUUAUGAGAAUGUAUAAAAUAUACUUGUAUAUCGAAGAUCCAUUUUAUAGUAGUUUAUAGUUCAUUGUAAUAUAGGUAAAUUUCAGUUACAUUGAUUUAUCGAGCACCUAUCGAUUUAAUUAAGUAUUAUCAGCCAAAGCUCCGUCUGUGGUUUCUCGUUGUAGGUGUGUAUAAAGUAUGAUCUCCUUGGAAAUAAAUACAACAACUUAUAUGUAAUAUUCCUAUAUAAAUUAGACAUAAGUUUUUCUAUUCAUUCACACUUUUGUAUGAAUAUAGGUUAAAGGGUUGACCCGGAGUUUGGGACUAAUACUCGAUUGUUUCUUUAUAAGUUAUUAAAGAUAUAUAUAUAGAUAUAAAUAUACCUAAAUAUCAUCAGUGUUCUUAUAUUAAAUUGUUACUAAGUAUUCCUAAAGCUUAAUAUACAUUACACACUAGUGGCAUGAAAUUCGUUUCGUAACUAUAAUUUUAGCAAUUUCAUUAUGUACAUCUCUAAUUUUGGUUUUAAUUACGUGUUUCCUCUAAGGGUAAGUGAUAUAUAGAAAUAUCUAUUUAUUUUAGUUACAAUAUCUAUAUAUUGGUCUCAUAACGAUAAUGUUAAAAGUCUGUUGUCCAAAAAAUAACAUUGGAUAACAGACUUAACAUAUUCGAAAAUAGAUAUCCGACCGACAUAUUGGCAAUAUCGAAAUGGGAUGAUGAUAACUUUUUCCGCCAUCAAUGUACAGAGUAGUCCAAUAUAUAGAUAUUGCUACUAUAUCCAUAUUACCCAUACCUAGUUCCCUAUGAUUUCUCUGUCAUACAAUCACUUACAUCGUGUAAACGUUGUGUUAAAACUUGUAUCAGGAGAGCCUACAUCUUGACGGGGUUUCAAUGAUUCUGUACAUUCACAUGUUAGUCUCAAAUGAUCGAGUCUAUUGAAUUAAAUUUUUGAAAAUUUAUUUUUAUCACGCAUGAAACUAGUUUCGUAAUGUAAAUUCGGCUAUAGCAUUUUGUCUUUUUUAUUUAUUCAUAUUUUAAAUUACACGAUAAUUUUCAUUAGGUGUGCAUCCAUAAUGCGAAUUCAUACUUUCUUUAAACGUUUUUAAAGCCCGUGCUACGCGAUAUCAAUUUUGUCAUCAAGAAGAUUUGGUUUUUCUUUUGUUAUCUUGUAUCAGUGUAUGAAGUACGUAUUGUGAUGUAUUUCUAUAAAAGUAACUCUCUCAUUAUUUUAUUCAUAGAAUAUUCAUAUAAAAUUUAGUUUAUAUUUCGCUAAUUUUGAAUAGUGUAACGAUUUUGAAUUGAUUAAUUUGUAACAAGUUAAUAUGGUUAAAAUUACUAUUGGCCACUUAUGAUCUUGCCAUUGCUUUCUUUCGGUUUGAUAUAUGUUUAUUGAGACUGGUAACAUUUGGAGAUGAAAUGAUGUGAAAGUUGUUGCAUUUCUUUGGAUAUACAAACGAUGUGUUUGUAAUUAGAACUAAUAGGUAAUAUAAUUUGUUUCCAUUCAAUUUGUGAAUGAUGCAAUGUAAGGAAUUAUUUUUAUCAAGUUUCUUGGAUUAAAUGUGUAUAAUAUUUUUGAAAGUAGCGUUAUGAUGUUAGGUUCAUAUCGAUUUAGACUUUUUUUUAUUAAUUUUUUUUUAUAUAUUUUUUUUAUAAGACUAUCGAUUAGUAAACAAUGCGGUAAGCAACAUACGCCAUACGUUUUGAUAGUGUGGGAUAGAUAUAUUACGAUUUCGCUCCAUUACGUAGUUUCAGUGCACAAACGGGAUAAGAUUUGUUAUUUUCUCAAAUUGAUUUGAAACAGAUUUUAAAAAAGAAUGAUUGAAAAUUUUAUAAUGUUUAUAUGGAUAUAUGGAGUGUUUCUCUAUUAGGUACAUAUAUUAUCGAAAUUGUCCUCCUUUAGACGAAUGAUAGACGAAUCCAUUUUAUAGUGAAAACGUAUCUAGUUUUCACUACCGCGCGCAUUAGAAAGAAGAACAUGCCGGAUAUUGCUAUCUCGUUCAAUCCCAUGUAAGCGGUAGUGACGGGGAUCUAUCAAUAGAUUCGUUUGGUAUUUAUCUACAGAAUUGAUUGUCCGAUAAUUACCUUUAUUUAUAUUAUUUUUGUUUCCGAAACAAUGUAUCUCUUCACGAUGCAGGUAUUAACUAAAACUUGGAAAUUUAUGGUUAGGUAACCUUCGCCAUUAUGAAGUUGGGGCCUAAAUAAUGUAACUCAAUUAUUGUUUAAAUAUAAUGUGUGUUUAAUUAUUACGGUAAUUAUUUUUAAUUGUAACGAUCUUGCCGUGUCCUCUAUUCUUGGUUAGAACUCAGGAGGCUUAUUCCAAAUUUGAAUUUUUAAAUUUCCUACUCAUAUUUUUAAUGUAUGUAAUGAUAAUAAGUACAUUUUUAGUUACACUAAAAGACAAGACAACGAGCGGAGAACACAUGAAGCUGGUAUAAACAUAAGUACAUACUGAUAUGUGACACGGAAUAUACUCAGUGCUUCAACAUUUGUACUUAUAAAUCACAUAAAGUAUGCAGAUGAAUGGCGUCUUUAAUUCUAAUAGAUUUGAGAAAAGUUAUAGAUACAGCUAGUGAAUUCAUUCUCACGUUACAACUAAAUGGUCGCGAACAAUUUGGUUUCACAGGAGUUUCCUUUCGCAAACGCUCAGGCUGUGGAAUGAGCUUCCUGUCGAGGUAUUCCUUAGAGACUACAGUGUGGGAUCCUUCAAAAAAGGUAUUUUAAAUUUCAAGGCAAAGCGGAAUUAAGCAAUAAUCCUAGUGUUGCAGAUAUUCAUAGGCUACAGUGACCGUUUCCAAUCAAAUGGGCUGUACAAGCGUACCACCUUUGCCACCUUUAUGGCAUUAAAAAGAAAUUAUGAGGUUUUUUGUAAAUUUCUCUCGACUGCGCUUAUCUAUAUAAUUUGGAAAGUCGUUUAGCCCGUGGAUGGCGUCUAAUCAUCAAAUUGGAUAUAAAAUUACGGAGUAGGCUUUAUAAUUGCUAAACGAUUUUUUAAGAUCUCUAUGUUCAGAUUCUGGGUCGUAUCUAGUACCUAGUUCACUAACCAAUUGCCCACUAAGUACAUAAGUUUCCUAGUUUGUGAACGAAGUAAUGUGUUUGUUUAAUUGUCUGGCACUAACUAUUGUUAUUUAAUCGUAAAUUACUAACCUCGAUGUUAUUCCAUAUUUAAAAAAUAGCUAAGUCUGAUAGAACUCGAUCGUUUAGUGUGAUAUUGUUUUAGUAUAUCUUUUUUUUUUGAUUUCUUCAGUCAUAUCAUAGUGUAAGCCGUCUACUGAGUUAUUACGUUUUACCAAUAAAUAUGAUUUGCUCAUACGAGUACGUCCUAACAUUUUGGUAUGAAGUAUUUUGGAAGGAUUUUUAUUAUCGUGUGUUCAUAACUUUAUUGUAUAUUUUGGUUUUGUGUAUUGGUCAAUUUCCUUGUAAUAUAAGUGGUAACUGUAACGUUUAUAAAUUAUAAAGGUAGGAACACACGAUAGUCUGAAAUGGAUAGUCUUAGAUGGCGAACAUUAAAGAUUUGAAUGUGAAAUCGAAGUGAUGCAUAUGAAUAUUUUUAUAUUUAGUAAUAAGUUUAAAUUUUUAAAUUGUACAAUAUAAGUAUAAAGAUAAUAUAACGUGAUCAUAUUAUUGU